AUGCUUUCCACGCCUCUACCUGACUAUAAGCAUUCCGCAAACCAGACAAACAAGACUAGAGCUGCGGCACAAGCCGCAAAGAUAGGUCGCGCAUCAUCGUCUAGAUCUGGGAAUUGCGCUGAGCGCAAAUAUGCCCUCCAGAGCGCGGAAGCGCGCAGUGCGAGAAGAGAGCUUCGUGCUCGAUCAGAUAGCCGCUCCAGUACCACCGGCUCCAGUGGUCUCACUGCGGUAACAUCGAGCGAACCUACUUCGACUGACGAAGCACUUUCACGACCCUUCACAAUCCGAAACGGCCGACGAUUUUUACGAGACAUGACUUUGCCCUAUCCUCUUCCUUGCGACCUGGCCGAGAUACACAGACAGACUCUGCGAACGAUGCUCCUCUGCCAGGUCUUCAACGGACCGGUUUGCUCCCCGGAAUUGCAGGUCAAACCCCCCAAACGUGUUCUGGAAUUGGGUUGCGGCACUGGCUUUUGGAGCGUUAUGUGUCACCGACACUUCGCACAACGAGGGUUCUCUUCCAUCUCUUUUACCGGGCUUGACAUUGCGCCGCUGGCCCCACAUAUCGAGUCCAACGAUGACAUGGACUGGCGAUUUGUGCAACACGAUAUAAGGCGGGGUUCGGUACCGUUUCAGGACAAUGAAUUUCACUUGAUUAUGAUCAAGGACAUGAGCAUGGUUACGCAGAAUACAGCUUUACACCAGACAGUGAUGGACGACUGUAUAAGAAUCCUGAAGCCGGGAGGGACAUUGGAGGUAUGGGAUGGGGAUCACACUUUACGGAUGCUGCUACCACAUGUCCCGCCCCCGACAAAAGAAGACGAUGAUAGCGAGGACGAAAUCCAGAUGCAUACGAAUGCCAUGGGGACAUAUACGUUGACCAGGCAAACACCUUUAGCGGCACCGCAGAAUCCAUUUCUCCAUGACUACAACGGGUGGGUUUCAAAGGCGCUCGAGGCCCGACAAUUAACAGCCAUGCCCACCCCUAACAUAUUACCGAUGCUUCUCCAAGAGUCAGAAAACUUAACCGAUAUCGACUACCGACGCCUGGCAAUUCCUCUUGGUGAGGUGCGUUGGGAGCGGGAAGGCGUUGGCGGAUCAGUGCCGCAAGGUCCAAACGACGAUUUCAUCUCAUCCAAAGGUAAAGCUCGGGAACCCGACCGGAAGACAUUGACUGCGGGCCAGCUUGCGCUCCGCAGAACAGCUCUCAUGACUGUUGUGCAGAUGAUUGAGAGCCUGGAGCCCUUAUUGAGAGAGGCCAGUGGAAAAGGGCAGGAUGAGUGGGACCGCUGGCAAGGAAACAUGAUGAAUAGCUUGCUGAAGCAAAACGGAACCUCUUGGGGAGAAUGCCUCGAGGUCGGCGCUUGGUGGGCGCGGAAAAAGAAGCCACCGGGGUAA